GUGUAAUAAAUGACUAUUAAUUGAUUAAUUAAUAAAAAUGUCCGGGCCACCGAUAAAACCUCCGCGAGGUAUAAAACAUACUAAGGAAACGAGUGGUUUAUUGAUAUCUGUAAUAAGAGCAUUGUCAGCAAGUGAAACAAAUGAACAGAGAGAAGUCGAAAAAGCUAAACUUGAAAAAGAAUACAAAAGAAGUGAUCAAAAACUUGAUGAAUUGGUUUCAUUGCAUGAUCAAGAUCUUACUGAAGUUAUGAAAAUUUUCAGUAAUUUAUCUGAGCGAGUUACGUCAUCGCGUGAAAAAAUUCAUACAGUCAAAGAAAAUUUGAAUGCUUGUAAACAAUUGUUGAGAUGUAGACGUGAAGAAUUGAUGAAAUUAUGGCUAGAAGGUAUUGAACAUAAACAUGUAUUACAUUUAUUAAAUGAUAUUGAUAAACUAAAAGAAGUACCGGCGAAACUGAGUAAUUAUUUGAAUAAAAAAUUAUAUCUGCAUGCGACUCAGCUCUUAGUAUCGGCAUUGUCAAUGGGUGACGGUAAUCUCGAGGGUGUUGAAGCCUUGAGAGAACUGAGAAUGGAGUUGGAGACUAAAAAGCAGCAGCUUCAAUCUAAAUUGUUGGAAGAAUUGACCAGACACUUGUAUGUUGAGACCACUCGCGAGGUUUUGCUCAAGAGACAGGGAUCAGGACGUGACUUUCAACGUGGUAAUGAAGCUCGGGGAUCUAGGGGUAAUAAAGUUAAACGCGCAUUGCUGGAUGUUAGUUAUCCAAACAGUCAAGUGUCACGAGGAGCUAAUACUCAGCAGGAAGAUCUGACUAAUAUUAUUGAAGAUGAAAAUUCAUUAAAUCCAGAAGAAAAUUCGGAACAUUUCAUUGCUAUCAUUGUUGAAUGCUUAGCAUUGUUGAAUAAUAUUCCUGAAGCCAUUGAGGCUAUCAAGAGUCGAAUGCAGACUGAAUUAUUGAAUAUCAUUGCACGUACAUCAGACACAAUAAAAGCUAAUGCUGGUAAAUCGAUGCCUAAAUCUGAUGUAAAUGGCGUGCGUAUUAAUGACAUUGAUAUUAAAGACAGUAACGGCCAAUCAGCGUUGCUUGAAUUAUUACAAACGCUUUUUGAUCAAUUUAAACUGAUUGCAAAUGCCCAUUCAAUGGCGUUACGUAGUUUUUCUCAUGUUUGUAAGAAAUAUAAUGUUGAUGUAUGUUUGUAUGAAAUGCCUGAUGUCUGGAGUAAAAUACAAACUGUCUUACAAUUAUUGCUGACGGAGUAUCUCGAUAUUCAGAAUGUCGUUGAUCGUCCGUUUCAGUCGACAAAUUUUUCAGAAGCCACCAUUGAUAUCAAUACUUACUUCGCAAAACGUAAACCUCAGAGACAAAAAAAUGGGGCUUUAUUUAAAUUUGACUUUUCUUUACAUCCUAAAACAUUGAAUACUUAUUUAAAGGAUCACAAAGUUAAUAAUUUUAGUUUGACAGACAACGUGUCAGCAAAAAUAUCAAAGCGACUCGUAUGUGAACCAGAUCCUAAAAAUAUAACAUUUAUAUUCCGUCCUAUGAUGCAAUUUAUAGAAGAAAUAGAGCGCGCAUUAGAAAUUCAACCUGGUAAUUCGUGUACUUUAAAUAGUUUUAUAGCUGACUACAUAAAAGAAGAAUUUCUUGGUCGGCAUCAUAUAAUGGUAGCGACGACAAUUGACGCAGCAACAAAAGCAUCAGAUGCCUGGCAAACAAUCACGCCACCAGAGUUGAUGAAAGAAUUAGGAUUAGCACGACCGUUGUUGCAAUCAACUGUCAAAGUUGAACAAUGUUUAGCCGAGUUACGAGCACUGAUGAUUGCUUUGCCACUCCAAGGUGAACAUUUUUGUACUCUGGCUCUAAAUAUUUUGCACAAUUAUCGUGAAACAUGUCAAUCGGCUUAUCGUAACAUCACUCUAUCGGGAAGCGAAGAGCGUAAAAUAUGUUCAGGAGCCUGGUUAAAGGACGACGAUAUCAGUAGAUUUAUAAAAUCACUUCCAAACUGGGACAAUAUGAAGAGUGAGUCAAUCAGCGACAAACGUGGAAAGAUAACACGCGGUUGGUCAAUGCGUCGACAGGAGACUCAGGAUGAAGAGAGUCCUGAAGACGUCCGUCAGCGUAAUUUACGUGAAGCUGAAAUUCUUGCGAGUAAUUUGGGCGAAGGUGGAAUUAAUUCUAGUGAAAUUUUAUCGGACGUUGGUCAGUUACGUUGUUUAGCACUUUUACAAGAAAGUGUUGAGUGGUUUGCGUUAUCAAUACAUUCACUUACUGCCGAAUUGAAACAAUCUAAGAAUAGCACCGAUAGUCAGAUUUUACUACCACGUGUUUCUGAUUCGCUUAUUGAAUUACUUGAGCAAGUAGCCGUUGAAUUUGAAGAACUUGCUAAUACGUGCAUUCUUCUGUUGCAUCUUGAAGUAAGAGUACAGUGUUUUCAUUAUUUAUUGCCACGUGGUGAGUACAGUCAUCUCUGUGAUGGCGUUCAAGAUCCUCAGGAGGCAGAUCCUCGUGUACAAGAACUCAGCCGUGUUUUGCAAAAUAUUGACGAGUCGUUGCAGUCAACACUGCAUCCAAAAAAAACAAAAUAUAUUUUUGAAGGCCUUGGUCAUUUGAUAACUAAAAUAUUAAUAACAUCCGCCCAGUAUAUUGAUAAAAUAGAUAAAAGUGGCAUUCAACGUAUGUGCCGGAAUGUUUUUACACUCCAACAGACACUCACUAAUAUCACGAUGGCACGCGAACUGGCGCUGGAUUACGCGAGACAAUACUUUGAACUUUUUUACGAAACACCUGAUGAUAUUUUGAAUAAUAUACUUGAAAAUGGACCACAAUUUUCAGAGCUAGAGUAUAUAAAUGCUUUUCAAUUGAUUGCUAGAAGUCAGACGCAGUAUUCGUCGAUGAGUAAAUAUUUAGAAAAGUUAUCUGAGAUUCUUGGUGAGAUUGGGGCGUCAGUUUAGUUUUAUUGAAUUUAUAUUAUAUUAUUAUUAAUAAAUAUAUUGUUGAUGAAUUGGUAAUAAAACUGUUAUAAAAAAUUA